AUGACCCGCCAUGAUGGCACCUCCCAUGGUGGUGACAUCUCCAACAGUGACAUCUUCAAUGGUGACGUCUCCAAUGGUGACAUCUCCCACUGUGGUGGCAUCGCACGUGGUGGCAUCUCCAAUGGUGGCAUCUCCAACAGUGACAUCUCCCACUGUGGUGGCACCUCCUGUGGCAUCACAUCCCAUGGUGGCAUCUCCUGUGGUGGCACCUCCAACAAGGACAUCUCCCACAGUGGUGGCACCUCCCAUAGUGACGUCUCCCAUGGUGGCAUCUCCAAUGGUGACACCUCCCACAGUGGUGGCAUCUCCUGUGGUGGCACCUCCUAUGGUGGUGACAUCUCCAACGGUGACACCUCCCACAGUGGUGGCAUCUCCAACAGGAAUAUCUCCAAUGGUGACAUCUCCAAUGGUGCCACCUCCCACAGUGCCACCUCCCUCACUGACGUCUCCCAUGAUGGUGGCUUCUCCAAAAGGGACAUCACCCAUGGUGGCACCUCCAACAGUGGUGGCAUCUCCCAUGGUGGCAUCUACAACGGGGACAUCUCUGAUGGUGACACCUCCCAUGGUGGUGGCAUCUACAACAGGGACAUCUCUAAAAGUGACACCUGCCAUGAUGGUGACACUUCCCGUGGUGUCACUUCCCACAGUGACAUCUCCAACAGUGACACCUCCCAUGAUGGUGACACCUCCUGUGGUGGCACCUCCCACAGUGACGUCUCCCAGGGGUUUGGCACCUCCCAUGACGGUGACACCUCCCACGGUGACACCUCCCAUGAUGGUGACAGCUCCCAUGACAGUGACACUUCCUGUGAUGGUGACACCUCCUGUGACGGUGACACCUCCUGUGACAGUGACACCUCCCAUGACAGUGGCAUCUCCCAUGGUGACACCUCCCAUGAUGGUGACACCUCCCAUGAUGGUGACACCUCCCAUGGUGACACCUCCCAUGACAGUGACACCUCCCAUGAUGGUGACACCUCCUGUGCUGGCACCUCCCACAAUGACGUCUCCCAUGGUGACACCUCCCAUGACAGUGACACCUCCCAUGGUGACACCUCCCAUGGUGACAUCUCCCAUGAUGGUGACACCUCCCAUGGUGACACCGCCUAUGGUGGCAUCUCCCAUGGUGACAUCUCCCAUGGUGACACCUCCCAUGGUGACAUCUCCCAUGAUGGUGACACCUCCCAUGGUGACACCGCCUAUGGUGACACCACCUAUGGUGGCAUCUCCCAUGGUGACACCUCCCAUGAUGGUGACACCUCCCAUGAUGGUGACACCUCCCAUGGUGACACCACCUAUGGUGGCAUCUCCCAUGGUGACAUCUCCCAUGACAGUGACACCUCCCAUGGUGACACCUCCCAUGACGGUGACACCUCCCAUGGUGACACCACCUAUGGUGGCAUCUCCCAUGGUGGCAUCUCCCAUGGUGACAUCUCCCAUGACAGUGACAUCUCCCAUGGUGACACCUCCCAUGACGGUGACAACCCUCAUGGUGGUGACACCUCCCACGGUUCCACCACUGUCGCCACCACCCCCCACAUCCCCCCCUGUCCCCUGCCGCUCCUGCUGCUGUCCCACCACCCCCGGUGGCCUCCCCCGCUGUCCCCCGUCCCCUUCCUCCUCCUCCUCCUCCUCCUCGUCCCCUGCCCCUCUCUGGCCGCCACCUUCAAGGUGGCCGUGCUGGGUCCCUGGAGCUGCGACCCUCUGCUGGCACGGGCUCUGCCGGACGUGGCCUCGCGCCUGGCGGUGGCGCGGCUCAACCGCGACCCGGCGCUGACCGCGGGUUACUGGUGGGACGCGGUGGUGCUGCCCGAGGCCUGCUCCACGCCGCAGGCCGUGGCCGGGCUGCUCAGCGCCGAGCGCUACGCCGGCGCCAUCGUGGGCCCGCUCAACCCCGCGGCCUGCGGCGCCGCCGGGCUCCUGGCCGCCGCCUGGAACAAGCCCUUGGUGUCCUGGGCGUGCGCCGGGGCCGGAGCGGUCACUCUGGUCAACCCCCUGCCCGCUCCGGCCGGCGUCCUGCACGCCGUGCUGCACUACUUCCGCUGGGCGCACGUGGCCGUGGUGGCCGCGCCGCAGGACCUGUGGGUGGACACCGGGCAGGAGCUGGCGCGGGAGCUGAGGGCCAGGGGGCUGCCGGUCACCGUGGUCACCGCGGCCGGAGAGGACGAGGACGAGGCCGAGGAGGCGCUGAGGAGGGUGCAGAGGGCGGACGGGGUGCGAGUGGUGGUGAUGUGCAUGCACUCCGUGCUCCUGGGCGGGCGGGAGCAGAAGGUUCUCCUGGAGAAGGCCGAGGACCUGGGCAUGACGGACGGGACCUUCGUCUUCAUCCCGUACGACGCGCUGACCUUCGCGCUGCCCUACCGCCGCGUGCCCUACCCGGUGCUGGCCAACAACACCAAGCUGCGCCUGGCCUACGACGCUGUGCUGACCAUCACCAUCGACUCGCCCGACGCCUCCUUCCACGAGGCCCUGGAGGAGGCCAAGAAGGCCUACGAGGUCCCCGCGAACCUUGACCCCGCAGAGGUCCACCCGCUCUUCUCCACCAUCUACAACUCCAUCUACUUCCUGGCCACGGCGGUGGAGGCCACGCGCCGCAGCGGCCGCUGGGUGAUGGGCACCAGCGUGGCCGACCACGCCCGCGACUUCCAGCUCCAGGGCUUCUGCCAGACCUUCACCGUGGACGAGGACGGCGACGUCUCGGUGCCCUACGUGGUGCUGGACACGGACGGCAAAGGCCACCACCUGUGGGCGGUCUACGGGCUGGAGCCGGGCACGCGCGGCCUCAGCUACCGCAGCCACAGCCCCCACUGGCCCCACAGCUCCAGCCCGGCCACCGACGCCGGCUGCUGGUUCGACUCCAGCGCCAUCUGCAACGGCGGGAUGGACGCCGGAUUUGUCUUCUUCUUGUUCCUCCUCAUCGCCGCCCUCGGCGCAGCCGGCGCCGCCCUCGCCUGCCACAUCAGACGCCGCAUCCAGCAGGCGCAGCUCAUGAAGGGCCCCAACAAAAUCAUCCUGACCAUGGAGGACCUGACCUUCAUCAACACCCAGAGCAGCAAACAGGUGGACAGCAGCCACGCCAGCCUGGCCGGCCAGAGCGGGGGUGACAACAAGAGCGUCCUCAGUGCCACCCCCGGCCCCGACAACACCAACGUGGCCGUGGCCGAGGUGAGACCCCCCUGUCCCCUCCCCCCGUGUGGCAGCAGUAACCUCCCCCUGCUCCUGCUCUUGUUUAACCAGCAGGGCCUUGUCGCCUCCGUGCAGGGUGACUGGGUGUGGCUGAAGAAGUUCCCGGGGGACCAACACACGGAGGUGAAACCGGCCACCAAGCUGACCUUCUGCAAGCUGCGGGACCUGCGGCACGAGAACGUGAACCUGUUCCUGGGCUUCUUCCACGACUGCGGCAUCUUCGCCAUCGUGUCCGAGCACUGCUCGCGCGGGAGCCUGGAGGACCUGCUGCGCAACGAGGACAUGAAGCUCGACUGGAUGUUCAAGUCCUCCCUCCUCAUCGACCUCAUCAAGGGCGUGCGGUACCUGCACCACCGCGACGUGGUCCACGGGCGCCUCAAGUCGCGGAACUGCGUGGUGGACGGGCGCUUCGUGCUCAAGGUCACCGACCACGGCUACAACCAACUGCUGGAGGCCCAGCGCGUGCCCGCCCCGCCCCCGCAGCCACACGAGCGGCUGUGGACGGCGCCGGAGCUGCUGCGGGACGAGGCCCUGGAGCGGCGCGGCUCCUUCCGGGGGGACGUCUACGGCAUCGGCAUCAUCAUGCAGGAGGUGAUCUGCAGGAGCGCCCCCUACUGCAUGCUGGGGCUGCCCCCCGAAGAGAUCAUCGAGAAGGUCCAGCGGCCGCCCCCCCUGUGCCGCCCCGCGGUCUCGGCCGACCAGGCCCCGCUCGAGUGCAUCCACCUGAUGAAGGAGUGCUGGAGCGAGCAGCCCGAGAAGAGACCCACCAUCGACCAGGUGUUCGACCAGUUCCAUGGGGUUUCUGUGGGUGGAGCCACCCAGACCUCUGGGUCAGCAGAUGGUCAAAGUGGCCCCUGGACACCCUUGUGGUCAACCUUGAUCCCCACGGGUCACCAGAAGGUCCCAAUGGCCACAUUGGCCACUCUUUGACCACCGAGACCCCCCGGACGCUCUGGCUGCCCCCUGGGUGACCGCUGGGUGACCCCUGGGUGACCCCCGGGCAGGUCGGUGGCCGAGGCGCUGAAGAUGGGGACGCCGGUGGAGCCCGAGUACUUUGAGGAGGUGACGCUGUACUUCAGCGACAUCGUGGGCUUCACCACCAUCUCGGCCAUGAGCGAGCCCAUCGAGGUGGUCGAUCUCCUCAACGACCUCUACACCCUCUUCGACGCCAUCAUCGGCUCCCACGACGUCUACAAGGUGGAGACCAUCGGCGACGCCUACAUGGUGGCGUCGGGGCUGCCCAAGCGCAACGGGAACCGGCACGCCGGCGAGAUCGCCAACAUGUCCCUGGACAUCCUCAGCUCCGUCGGCACCUUCAAGAUGCGCCACAUGCCCGAGGUGCCCGUGCGCAUCCGGAUCGGGCUGCACUCGGGGCCGUGCGUGGCGGGCGUGGUGGGACUGACCAUGCCGCGGUACUGCCUGUUCGGGGACACCGUCAACACCGCGUCGCGCAUGGAGUCCACCGGACUGCCCUAUCGCAUCCACGUGAACCAGCGCACGGUGGCCAUCCUGCUCUCGCUGCAGGAGGGGUUCAAGGUCGACAUCCGCGGCAAGACCGAGCUCAAGGGGAAAGGUGUGGAGGACACCUAUUGGCUCGUGGGGCGCGAGGGCUUCACCAAACCCAUCCCCACCCCCCCUGACCUCCUGCCGGGUGCGAGCAACCACGGGAUCAGCCUGGACGAGAUCCCGGCCGAGCGCCGGCGGAAGCUGGAGAAGGCGCGGCCGGGCCAGGUGCUGAAAUAG